GGGUCUAUGACAUGGUUGACUUACAUGUAGCAAUAAGGCUGUGAACAAGGAAGGACAAAGAAGAUGGGCUUUUAUCUCAUUGUUAAAGAUCAGGGGGGAGAGAGAGAGAGAGAGAGAGAGAGAGAGGAGAGGGAGAGGAAGAUGGACAUAACAAAGGUUUUACCGAGGGAUUGUAUGCGCAAGAUCGUUUCGUUCACAACUCCCAGGGACGCGUGUCGGUCAUCGGCGGUUUGUUCGGCGUUCAAGGAUUCUGCAGAUUCCGAUGAGACGUGGGAAGCUUUUCUGCCGGCCGACUGUCAUCACUUGGUGGCUCAAUCAUCUGCCCCGCCGGCGAACUUGGAUUCUCUUACCAAGAAACAACUCUACCAUCAUCUUUGUGAUCAUCCCCUCCUUUUGGCCAAUAACACCAUGAGUUUUUCUUUGGAUAAGGAGAGUUGUAAGAAGUGUUAUAUGAUAGGUGCAAGGGGACUAUGGAUUCUUUGGUCAACUGAUCUUAGAUACUGGAGUUAUGCUUCUAUUCAAGAAUCCAGAUUUCCUGAAGUGGCAGUGCUCGAUCAUGUGUGGUGGUUUGAGGUGAAAGGAAUUCUUAACACCAGACUUCUAUCCGCCAAAACAACAUAUGAUGUGUUCUUCAUCUUUCAAUUUGGAAGUGAGAUAUUGGGAUUCACAGGCACAUUCAUAAAUUUUAGUCUCAAUAAAAGCGGUGCGUUUACGUCUGAAGGACAAGUGGUCCUAUACCCUCCAAGAAUUGGAGUUAAGGAAAGAGAAGAUGGAUGGCUUGAAAUUAAGGUAGGUGAAUUUUACACUGACCAUGAAGAAGAUGGUGAUGGCUUAUUGGAGUUCAGAUUAUGGGAGUUUAAUGACUAUAAUGAGAAAAAAGGCAUAUUAGUUGAAGGAUUUGAGUUUCGGCCUAAGAGCCAUGAAUAGAAGUAAAUACUAAACAGCAUGCAUUCUUUCUAUGGUCUAAUCUUUAGUGUGUUUGUUGGGUUGGAAUUGUGUGAACUUGAUUUUUCAGACUAUUUGAUUUGUAUUAAAAGUGACUUUUGGCCAAUACAUAAACAAUUUUUAGCUUCUA